AUGCCUUCUUUAUCCUGGAUCUUGGCCUUCAGAUUCUUGAUGGUGUCACUGGGCUCCACCUCCAGGGUGAUGGUCUCGCCCGUCAGGGUCUUCCCGAACAUCUGCAUACCACCCCUUAGACGCACCAAGCCGGUCUGGUGCACCCUGAGCUCCGUGCCCCGGCCCCGGCUGGGCAGCAGCGGUAAGCACGCCCAACCCGCCAAGCCCCAGCGCGACGAGACUGCUCUGCCCCUGCGCAGGAGGCUGCGGCUGCUGGCCAACGCGCUCUCUGGCCCUAGUUCCCCAGCUGUCCCUGGCUCCCCAGAGCACUCUUCUCCCCCAAGCAAGAAGACAAAGGCCACCCUCUCAGCUGGUCAGCGACCCUGCCUGGAAGCCCAGGAGGACAAGGUCCCUUCAAAGGUCACCCUUUCUGAGCUCAAGUCUUGCCUGCAGUGGGCACAGGAGCUGGCGGCACGGGUCCAGGAGCUGAAGGCCAGUGCACAGAAGAAUGCUGGGGAACCCAGAGCAACGGAGGACAAGGGGCAUCCAGCGGGGCUGUGUGCUGAGCAGAUGCCUGCCUAUCAGCGCUUCCUCGCCCUGGCCCAGCCAGGGCCCCCCGGCCUUGUGCUGCCCUACAAGUACCAGGUGCUGGCCGAGAUGUUCUGCAGCAUGGACACUAUCGUGGGCAUGCUGUACAACCUCUCUGAGACUGUGACCUUCGCCAAGGUCAAGCAGGGAGUCCAGGACAUGAUGCGCAAGUGCUUUGAGGAGCGCAGUGUGGGCCGGAUCAAAACCGUGUACCCUGGCUCCUACCGCUUCCACCAGGAGCGCUACACCCCCACAUUCAAUGACGGUGGCAGGAGGUCUGAUUACCAGCUCACCAUCGAGCCGCUGCUGGACCAGCAGGCUGGCAGUGCGGCUCCCCAGCUCACAGCGUCGCGCCUGCUGCAGCGGUGCCAGAUCUUCAGACAGAACUUGGUAACCCGCAUCCGGUAGUAUCACAGGGCCUUCCUGGCCUCCCUGAACCCCACCUCUCCGUCCAUGGAGGUUCCUGAGGACCAGCUGACACACUGGCACCCCCGCUUCAAUGUGGACGAAGUUCCUGACAUCGAGUCGGCCAAGCUGCCCCAGCCGCCCACCGUGGAGAAGCUGUCCACCGCCCAGGAGGUGCUGGCUGGUACCCGCAGCCUGAUGUCACCCAGGAUGGAGAAGGCUCUGAGUGACCUGGCCCAGCUCACGGCCGAGCCUAGCAGCCCCCGGUCCCCCAGCCCGGCACUGCCAGCCACCCGGCCGGCCAUGCCGCCAGCUGCCCUGAAGGGGGUGUCCCAGGCCCUGCUGGAGCGGAUCCCCCAGGAGGCCCAGAUGACCUGGCUCCCGGAGCGGGAGCAGCGGCUGCAGGGGCUCGAGUGGACGCCUGAGGUGGCCCGCGUGCUGCGCAGCGUCUUCGGGUCCGAGCGCAAGCCAGCGCUCAACAUGGAGAUGGCCUGCACCAGGAUGGUGGGCAGCUACCGCACAGCCACGAGCCCCCGGGAGAUGGAGAAGCACGUGCACAUCCUCUCUGAGCUGCUGUCGAACUGGCUCAGCCUCCACCGCAUCCGCACGGACACCUAUGUCAAUCUAGGCAAGGCUGCCGACCUGGCAGGUGUCUUGGCAUGGCUGGCCCACCUUGCCCAUGCUAAGGAGGCACUGUGAGCCGGGUGGACAGGUGCAACACACACGGGCCGCCGGGCCUGUGUUUUACUUCCUUUAGGAACACAACACACUUUGCUUUCCCUGUCCUAAGUCCCCAUGAGGGUCAGGGCUCUGGCUGCUGGGCUUGAGGGCCUCUGACUAGUGUGGUGGAGGCCCCCCUCGUAUACAGGGUGCAGGGCAGUGGGGUGGGGGAGAGGUAGUGUAGUUGGCAGAAUAACCCUCCCAGGCAUCCACGUGGGCUCCUGAGGUGGUCCUGGAGUAUCUCGGUGGGCCGGGUGUCACACGGGGUCCCCAUAAGAGGGAGGCAGAUGCAGAAUCUGAGAUUGGAAGGUGUCGGCAGGAGCCGCAAGCCGAGGAACAGAUUCUCCCUGGAGCCACCAGAAGGAACCAGCCCUGCCCACCCACACCCUGAUUUUUGUACUUGGCCUCUAGAACUGUAAGAUAAAGUCAGAAGAAAAAAACAAGAAAAAGAAACUUGUUUGAAUAAAUGGUAAAAUCAUUCAAAUGAACUGGUUCUGAAUUUCUGAUGGGUGCAUUUGUGAAAAUGCUGAGGAGCUUCUGGAGUCAGAGGCCUGGUCCUUUUCAACAACAAAUACAAAUUAAAGACUAUUAA